GCCACGUGUAUUAUAUUCAAUUCAAGUCAAACAUUUAAAAAGGUUUAGUCAAGUGAAUAUAUUAAGGUACUUAUGUAUGUUCGUAGUUCGUGCAAUGGGAUAAAUAUACACUAUCCGAAACUAACCGUCGACGGCAGCCUACAUCACCAGGUCUACUUUCAUAUUAAAAACAUAACAUCAAUCCGAAACGAAAGACUCUGAAGAUCACACAACGGCAACAACCAUAAGUGAAAAUCCAUUUCAAUAAGUGUUCAUUAUGGCUACAACAUCUCCCCCUUACCACCCCCGUGUCGGCGUGGCGGCCCUGAUCCGCGAUUCGCAGGGCCGAUUUAUUAUGGGGAAGCGCAAGGCCAGCCACGGCGCAGGUACCUGGCAGUUCCCCGGCGGCCACUUGGAAAUGGGAGAAUCGCUGCUGGAGUGCGCGGAGCGCGAGACGCUGGAAGAGACGGGGCUCCGGGUUAAAGCCCUGCGUGUCGUGGCUACGACGAACGCGAUAUUCGACCCCGAGACCAAGCACUAUGUCACGGUGUUUGUGGAGUGUCGGAGGGAGAACGAGGAUGAUCAACCGGAGCUCUUGGAACCGGAUAAGUGCGCGAAUUGGGAUUGGAUCAGUUGGGAUCAGGUACGACAGUGGGCUGAGCAUCAUGAUGAUAAUGUUACUCCGGAAUGGGCGCAGAAUAAGUGUUUCAUGCCUAUCAUAGAGUUGGUAAACGAAUAUCCGAACAUCGGUUCUUCUACACUAUGAAGUGAGACCGAGUAGGAGUGAGUGAGAGAUAUAAUAAAUGAGGCCGAGAAGCAAUGAUCAUUAGCGGAGAUUUUCACACACAGCUAGUAGUUUU